UACUCUAUUUGUUUGCUAAAGGGGAAAACACACGAUUUCUUUAGAGGAACCUCUCAACUACACACGCGUAAAGCGCAUUUUUAACUCCUUGUUCCUGGCGGUGCGCAUAUCCAACAAGUGCAUGCACGAAGCUCAACUGCUGUGUCUUAAAAAGCGAUUGAAGUGCAAACAGAUGGAGAUGCCUGCCUAGCGACCUGGAGCUCGAAUCGAUCCACGCAACCUCGCCAACACGCACAUACUUUGUCGCAGUGAUAAAAAUGCGCGUUUGUUUGAUGCGCGUCGAGUGAGCUGCUGGAUUAUGUGGAUCUGUUAGUUUCCCCGCCGAUGGAGCCGCCGUAAUUCGUUGUUUUGUUCAUUUUUACAACAAUCUAGAGACCGGGCGGUUCGCUUAUAUUUUGACGGUCCGAACCCCAAAAGCUUAGCCUACAUAUAGUCCACCCGUUGACCUCCGAAGACUUGUAAAUCCUCACAACUGGUUUCUUGGAGAGGGCUGCGCAAUUGCGCACGCUGUGAGAGUACUAUCGGCGCUUUCCAUGGAAUCCACUCCACCCGUGAUCUCCACUGAGGUUUCGGUCCGAUCUGAUGUGGGGUAAAAAGUUGCAGUCUGGACAGUAAAUCACAUAUAUGAGGAUCAUUACACACGUGCUGGUCAACACAAAGCGCAAACAUGCCUAUGCAUCCGGUGACUUCCACUUUGAUGUACCGGGGGAUCUGCACCAUUCCAGAUAUCCUGUCGUACCGGGCACCGGUCAACCUGCCUGAGGAUGAGGUGGAAGAAAUCCGGGAGGCGUUUAAGGUGUUUGAUCGAGAUGGGAAUGGCUUCAUCUCAAAGCAGGAGCUCGGCAUGGCCAUGCGUUCUCUAGGGUACAUGCCCAAUGAGGUCGAGCUAGAGGUCAUCAUUCAGAGACUCGACAUGGAUGGAGACGGCCAGGUGGAUUUUGAGGAAUUUGUUACUCUCCUGGGGCCCAAACUCACGGCUGCCGGGAUGCCUGACAAGUUCCACGGAACCGAUUUUGACUCUGUGUUCUGGAAGUGUGAUAUGCAGAAGCUGACUGUGGAAGAGCUGAAGAGACUCUUAUAUGAUACUUUCUGUGACCACCUGUCUAUGAAGGACAUUGAGAAUAUCAUCAUGACAGAGGAGAAUCACAUCGAAAAUCCUGGGGACUGCCAGGUUGACAUUGACACGGAGAGUCCAACCCAGCAGGUGAAGCAAACAUGCGUACGGAAGAGUCUGAUCUGCGCCUUCGCGAUUGCUUUCAUCAUCAGUGUCAUGCUCAUUGCAGCCAAUCAGGUGCUUCGCAGUGGCAUGAAGUAACGUAUGGACCGCUCACAACAUAGAUUCAAUUCAACAUAUGACAGUGACAAAAAUGGCUUAAAAAAACAAACACGCACACAUGCACACACAAACUGGAGCAACUGAAAAGUUCAUUUAAUUUACGUGAAAUCCAAAUGUGGUGACUGAAAUAUUUUCGAGACGAGCUACACUGGACAGUUUGCCCUUCCACUGGACAUAGCUUUUUUUUUAUUUAUUAUUUGACAGCAGUUUCAAAACAGAAUGCACACAAAUAUGUAAAACGCACACAUACUGUGUCUUACCCCCAAUGAAAAGUACAGGAAAAGA